CCCAGGGGGAGCCGCCCGGCAGGCGGCCGCGCCGACCCGCCGCGGGCGUCCGCGCAGCGCAGCCCGUGACUACUUCAUGACUGCUUGAAAAGCAGCCAGCAGCAGGUCUUCUGAGCUUUGACUGUCAUAGUCGUGGUGAGAUUCCAACCUGAUGAAUCGAGUGCUCUGGGUAGGAAAGCAAUUUCAGCAGCGUUCAACACUGACAGCAGUCAAUGGUCCUCAUUUGGACUAAUAAAGAGAGGAAGGCGGAUCAUAACAAAACAAGUCUCUGUCAAACAGCUGCUUACGGCAUUACCGGAUAAAUCAUUAACAUGAGGUCCCGGUGCUUGUUAAGGCUGUUCAGGAGAAGUCUCUCACCUGAAACUCCCCUUUUUUCCUGGGAGAAAGAAGAAUGCAAGCACGAAUAUGAAGUGAAGCGUUUCCUGUACUUGCUGCAGCGCGCAGAUGUUCAAGACAGGGAUUCAUCGUUGGCCAAAGAGGUUCCUCUGACAAGAUGAAAAAGCCACGGAGGAGCUCUCCGCUGCCCUGGAGUCGCAGUGACUGCUGCCCAAUUUAAAAUCCAUGCCAGACUGUGUCCGGGUUGCCUGACGCAAUGAAAGAAGUGGUGUUCUGGUCGCCCGAGGAGGUGACAAAUUGGCUAACAGAGAAUGCUGUGCCUGAGUAUUGUGAGCCGCUGAAGAGCUUCACCGGGCAGGAUUUGAUCAAUCUAACAGAGGAGGAUUUUAAGAAGUCGCCUCUGUCGCGAGUGUCUUCCGAUAGCGGGCAGCGGCUAUUGCACAUGAUCGAGACUCUGAAAAUGACUCACCACAUUGAGGCUCACAAAAAUGGGCACGUCAAUGGGCACAUCCAUGUCGGCAUGAGUGAGGCCGCGCGCGAAAAUGGCUUCAGCAGCAAAACAAAACUGAACGGGAUGCCCAAUGGGUAUAAGAAAGAGAUGAUAAAGAUCCCCAUGCCAGAGCCGGAGCGCUCGCAGUAUCCCAUGGAAUGGGGGAAGACUUUCCUGGCUUUUAUUUAUGCACUUUUUUGUUUCAUCUUUACCACAGUGACUAUCUCAGUGGUUCAUGAACGAGUGCCUCCCAAGGAGGUGCAACCUCCCCUACCAGAUGCAUUUUUUGAUCGCUUUGAUCGGGUGCAAUGGGCCUUUUCUAUUUGUGAAAUCAACGGCAUGAUCCUUGUAGGACUGUGGUUUGUUCAGUGGCUGCUCUUAAAAUACAAGUCUAUUAUUAGCAGAAGAUUUUUCUGUAUAGUUGGCACACUGUACCUAUAUCGGUGUAUUACAAUGUAUGUAACUACACUCCCAGUACCUGGCAUGCAUUUCAAGUGCUCUCCAAAGCUUUUUGGAGACUGGGAAUCUCAUCUGCGAAGGAUAAUGAAGUUGAUUGCUGGCGGUGGAUUGUCCAUCACAGGAUCCCACAACAUGUGUGGUGACUAUCUGUACAGCGGUCACACUGUCAUAUUAACGCUUACAUACUUAUUUAUCAAAGAGUAUUCUCCACGGCGACUCUGGUGGUAUCACUGGCUUUGCUGGACACUCAGCAUGGUUGGGAUGUUUUGCAUCCUCCUUGCUCAUGACCACUACACUGUGGACGUGGUGGUGGCGUACUACAUCACUACACGACUUUUCUGGUGGUAUCACACAAUGGCCAACCAGCAAGUGCUAAAAGAAGCUUCCCAAACUAACCUCCUUGCAAGGGUCUGGUGGUACAAGCCCUUCCAGUACUUUGAAAAGAACGUUCAAGGAAUUGUACCUCGCUCCUACCACUGGCACUUCCCCUGGCCGGUGCUCCACCGGGGUAGGCAAGCUAAAUACAGCAGAUUGGUGAAUGACACAUAACAGCGUGUUAAAAUGACAAAAUGUGGAGGGAAAGGACCUGUCCCAAGUGCUAAGAACUCCAUACGAGAAGAUGCCAUAAAAAAUGAACUGCUCCCUAACCCUUUCUUUUAACAGUUACCUUGACUUAACCUAUUCAGUUACCUGGUAAGCACUGUGAUUUUUUUUCUCUCCAAAGGAUCUACGUUGGACAACAAUAAAGAAAAUUUAACUUAUCAUGCACUGUUAUACAUUUCUUGUUAAUAGAUUUGGGAUUUGCAUUACCCAUCAACAUGUUCCUUUGUAUAUGAUGUGACAGCAUAGAUGAAAGCUUUUAUAUCAUAAGUUCUGGUCUUUCCAGUCACGUCUGGGAAUAAAGCAUAUUAUUUUCUUGGGAAAACAUACUUUUCAUAUCUCUUGCCCCAAAGAUUGGGCUGUAAGCCAUUUUCUAGCAUAUGACUAUAUGAAGGUUUCUAAAUACCUGCCUUGGGUAAAAUUGAGAAAUCUUUCUACCUGUUGCACCGAGAUACAAAUAAGAUGAUAGACACAAGAAGGUUUGGUAAUCUUGAUUUUGUAGAAUCUGCAGUGACUGUGUCAAAGUGCAAAAAAAAAAAAAAAAAAAAAAAAAAAAAAAAAAAAGGAAAAAAAAAAGAUGUAAAGUGAUUUUCUAAGUAUUUCCUAACUUUAUUUUUCAAAAUGUGUAUGAAAAUUAAAUUUAAAAAGAUUUUUACAUGUCAGAGAAUAGAGAGUUAAAAUUUAAAAAAAAUGCUUCUUGGGAGAGAGAGAGAUUUGUCUAUGUUUCUAGUGCCUUUCUUGUCUUGAUUGUAUGGUCAGUAGGCAGUCUUAAAUGUUUUUAUUUAAAAUAAAGUAUUCCAUGAAAGCAGAAUUAUAUAUACUGUAUAAUUACUAAUUUUUGCAUUUAUAGCUAAAUUAAACUGGAAAUUUGCUUAUAAUGUUGAAAUCGCCAUGUGUAGGGAAAAACCAAAUAAAAAGGGUCAGAUCUUGUUCACACAUUGUGGGCAGGUCAUACUAAAAUAUAUCACUUUAUUGUCUACUUGGUAGCUGUAUUUUAAAAAGAAAAACAGCCAUGAAUUCCUGUUUUUUAAGAAUUUUACAAAUGAUCACUGAGUGAACUACAAAUGGUUUCUCCAUCCCCUAUUGAAAUGUUGUUGAAAAACAACAAAGAUUAUCUAUUUCUUUAAAAUAUUUGUGCAGAAACUGCAUGUAAUUAUCAGUUUCACUCCUACCAUACAUACUGUAUGUCUGGGGAAGUAUUCUAUCCUACGUGCAGAACAUGCCAAUGUGCAGAACAAAAUAGUUUUUUUAAGAAUGAAGAAGAGAAAAUAUAUAUAUAAAUAUAUAUAUAUCCAUUCUGUAUUUUACGUGAAGCAGAGUUAUCUUCUGUAGGGUUUUUGUGUAUUCACAAAGUGAUAUUUGUAUUGUAAAACAAAAAUGGUGAAGGAAAAUAAAAAGGCUUUUAAAAAAUGUAGUUUCCUUUAUCUUUUUAAUAUUAAUUUUAAAUUUAAAGCUAGGUUUAUCCUUCCAAACCUUGCUUUCAAUUUUAUGUGUUAUUGCACUGUAGGCCAUCAAAAUUGGACUGUAUGGAAACUGCAUUGAUUUUGAAUUGCUGUUCACGAUUUGGCAAAUCAGUGCCUUAUUUGAAAUAAAUGCUAUGCAAUAGAUUCUGAUCUUUUAGAGGUCUGAGGGCAGAUUUGAGAAGCCUUCCUUGGAACCAUCGCCAGGGCUUGAAAAAUCUACUCUAAAACUGCUGGGAAGGGAGCGCAUUGCAAGCUAGAUGUCCAUAACCCCACUAUCUAUCGGUCUUAUGAUUUAAACUACAAAACCUCUCAAAUUUCUGUGAGUACUUUUACAGUGAAAGAUGUGGGGUUUGGGUUUUUUUGUUUUGUUUUGUUUUUUGUUUUUCUGAUGAGCUAAGUUUAUGUCUACUUCUCUACCAUGUUCCCCAGCCUUGGCUUAGGACCUCCGUGAAGAAUUGAUCCAGUGUUACUUCUGCUUUGCCUUGCUGUUGCUGAGGAUGCUAAAUAAGAUUUAUCUGCUUCUUAUUAGUUCCAUUUUCUCCGUGGGAGGGUUGGAUUUUCUUUGCUUCCCAUAUUUUUUGGCAAAAAUCAACAGCAUUUGCAAAUUUUAGGGCUUAGCUCUACAUGUUUUACCUUAAGUUCCUGUUGGCAUUACUAUCUUUGUGACUCUAUGGAAAAAAAUAAUUAAAAAAAAAUCUCAAUGAUUUUUUGAGAGAAUUCAUUCACACUCCCAGACGUAAAUGAGUGAGUAGAUUUUUCAAGACCUGGAUCACGCACAUCAGAAACCAUUGACAUAAGUAAAUGUAUGAAUAUAUGCACAUGACAUUAAAUGGAAUCUGCUGA